GGUGUGGGCGGUCUGACAGUUGUUUGAGAGCCUGUUAAUCAUUUCUCCUGUUGAAAUAAUCAGACUGGGUGGCUGUUAUCUUGCCAAAUUUACACUCCCGCCAGUUGGUGAUGAUGCGUACAACUGUUAAUCAGUGAAGUUGAGUCAGAGACAUGUUGUCGACUUUGCUUAAACAGCAUCAAUCCAAGCAGAAUGCGAGGAAAGAUGACCAAGAGAAGAAGAAGAAGGCAGCUAUUGCUUCUGCCACAGCUCUGAGUCACGCUCUGGUGGAUCAUCUCAAUUAUGGGGUGGCACAGGCCUACGUUAAUCAGAAAAAGUUGGACACAGAGACAAAGAUCUUACAGGCAAACGCUGCUCACUUCUCCAAGCAAACUGUACAGUGGCUCAAACUGGUGGAAGAUUUUAACACUGCGUUGAAGCUGUCAAAGGGGAACUACUCUUACAGUCACGUUUUUGUGCGUGAUGUGGGGGAUAAAUUCAUGGCCAACAGACAACAGAGAUUUGGAGAUGUUGAGAACUGGGCACGCAGUAUAGAGACGGACAUGAGAACGAUAUCCAGCGCUCUGGAAUACGCUUACAAAAGUAUGAACAAAAGUGAAUAA